UUACUUAAAAUCCUACAGUGGUCACCAUUCACUUUCAUGGUAUGAACGAGUACAUUUUGCUAUAUAUAAAAAGAUAUACUGAGCCUUUUUAUAAAUGUAUCCUUAUUAUUUAAGUGCAGAAUUUAUUCCUCUCUCAACCUCCUCAUUGACAGACGUUGCCCUCAAGUCUACUAGGUCUCAUUAGACCAAGAGCACUCUUAUCCAAGCUAAUAACAGCUCUGGGAUUUUAGUACAGAUUUGACAGAUGCACUGUGGAAGUAAUUUUGUUACAGUCAGACAUGGAAGAUUUUUUUUCAAUUAGUGGAAAUGAACCGCAUUUGCAGAAGAUGAAUGUUGCUAAAUGACUGUGACCUUAAUCAAAAACAUUAAAAUCAGGUUUAUGAGUGUCAUUGGAAGAAAAUCCUUUUCCCAUAUUUUUAUUUCCUCCUUAAAGUAGCAGGAGAUCGCAAUCUAUCUGUCUGAUGUGAAAAGCUGAUUCCUUUGACAGUUUGACACAUUUUUUGACGGUUCAGAAGUGCUUAAGAAGUAAUUGUGAGAUAUCUUUAAAUACAGCUAAUACACUGAGUCACCUUGAAAUGUCAGUCGGUAAUGGGAUGUUAAAGUCAGGCAUACAUAAAAAAUCAUUAACAUAUAAGUUAAAUAAGUAUUUAGAGGAUCAUCUUAAGUUGUAACAAUAUGUAUUUUUUGCCAUUCAAUACACCCAAUCAUGUUGCAACAUUGUAAGUCUUUGUUUUGAAUACAUUAGUGCAAACCCCAGGAAAGGUCAGAUUCUUUUUCACAUUAUGUUGCAGUCUUAAUUUUAGAUGUGGUUAGCUAAUGGCAUUUUUUUAAACACAGUGUGACCUCGAAAGCCCUCACAUACUCAUUCAAAGGUUAAAAACGUUUAUACCAUAAGCAUAGGUUUAAAAAAUGAAUGGUCUGAAUCAUAUUUCUGUGUUUCUCUAGGUCAGAUGUGGUUCUAUUUCAGGAUAUGAUCAUUCAUUUUGAAGAGAGAAAAAAGAUAGAUCGCUAUUAGAGACAGGUGAUAUCUUUAGAAUGAGUGUGAUGAUAAGAGAAUUAUAAAUGUGGAUGGUUAUUUACUGAUCAGUGUACACCCCAUCAGGCAAUUAUCUCCAUUGAAACGACCCUGUUUAUAACAGCAGCCCAAAUCCAAUUUAGCUUUUAUUUGAAGGAGUGAUACCUGCAGUAAACUAUUGUCUAGGAUUAGAUUCAUAGGAAUUAUAGAAGAAGAUCAAACAAAAACUUACACGUUGGACCCUUUAAGCUGUCAUGUGUACAGCUGACCUAGCAUAGUAAAUAUUUCAAAACAACCUUUAUUUUUCUCUUUGCAUUAAGACUUAGUUGAUCAUAAGAUUCUUCAUAAGAUAGAUAAAUGUUAAACUUAGGAGUAAUAUUAGAUAUCCAAAUUCUUAAAGUGAGUUUAUAUUCAUGUGGGUUUAGCUUUUUGCGGUAUAAAAUGCUUUGCCUUGAAGGGGUCAUUUCAUGAAAACUUUUUCCAUGUUUAAAUACUAAACUCGGGUCUCUUGUGCAUCUGCCAACUCAGAAAACGUGACAAAAGACAAAGUUUUUUUAUGUGAGCCUAGCUCUGCAAGCCUUUGAAAAAGCGAGCGCUUCAGAAAUCGCUCUCUCUUAGCGACGUAAAAAGUCGUUCUUGUUAUAAUAUUUCCGCUCCUUGUUCCAAAUGUGUCCACCCAUUGCGCCGAAAAUUUACAAACUGUUGUGUUGUUGGCUGCACAGAACAAUGUUCCCAGACUCAGGGGAGACAAGAGAGCGAUGGAUUUAUUUAGUUUUCAGUGGAAAUCAUCCACACCAAACGAGGCAAAGCUAUAAAUAAAGACAUUCCUCUUAGGAUGCAUUGCAAAUGUUGUGCCUUAGUGACCAGCUCUGGUCACAUGACUGGAAGCAAUCGAGGUGCGGAGAUUGACAACACGGAGUGUGUUAUCCGAAUGAACGACGCCCCGACACGAGGCUACGAGCACGAUGUGGGGCGCCGGACGAGUCUGCGUGUGGUUGCGCAUUCCAGCAUGCAGCGUGUGCUGCGAAACCGCCUAGAGCUACUCAACUCCAGCCUGGAAACAUUCUUUAUCUUUUGGGGGCCUGGAAACUACAUGCGGGGGGACGGUAAAGGACUGGUGUACAACCACCUGCGGCUGAUGAAGCAGAGGAUGCCAGAACUACAGGUGUACAUCAUAUCACGAGAACAGAUGCUGCAUUUCGAUGAGCUCUUUAAGAAGGAAACAGGAAAAGAUAGGAUGCUCUUUCUCUCUUGGAUGUUUAGGAGAAGAUCUAAUUCUUGGCUGAGCACAGGGUGGUUCACCAUGGCAAUCGCUAUGGAGAUAUGUGAUAGGAUUAACGUCUAUGGCAUGAUUGGCCCUGAUUUCUGCAAGUCCUCCAACUCCAAACCUUCAGUGCCAUAUCAUUACUAUGAGCCUGCUGGGCCAGAUGAAUGCACCAUGUACCUCUCCCACGAGCAGGGCCGCCACGGCAGCCACCACCGCUUUAUCACAGAGAAACGUGUUUUCGCCAACUGGGCACGGAUGUUUAACAUUCACUUCUAUCAGCCAGACUGGAGACCAGCUGCUCUCCCAGAGAACCACACAUUCACCUGAGGUUCAUCCUGUUCAGACUCUGGAUCAAUAAGCAUCUAGCAAAAGUUAUGUACGACUGUUUGGGAUUUGUUUUGUCCCUUUAAGAAUAAAUGUAGUUAACUUGAAGACCUUGAAGGAAGUUAAAGUUAAUGAUAAUGCUCAUUGUUGUUUAAAAUGUCAAGGCCUAUUUUAUAUUACUUCUACUAAGCUCCUUUUAUUUGGCAAGAACAUAUUUUUGUAAUCAAUAUUCCAGACACAGUAAUACAACAAUAUAAAUCUUAACCAGUUUUUAGUAACAGCUGUAUUGAUUAGUCAUUGUUUAAUAUUCACAAUGGUUCAUAUUUCAGAAAACCAAGUAACUAUUUUAAUGAAAUCACAUUUGCUGUCUGGCUGGGUCACAUUGUUGUCCAUGCGUAAUUUUAUUCAGAUAUGUAUAUAGCUUCACUUAUUUUUGCCACUUAGAGUGUCAAGCGCAUGAUGUUAUGCUGAUUUCUUGUAGCAGUAGCAUAUAAACACAACCAUAUAAAAACUGGACCGUUUCCAAAUGACA